CGAAAGCUCCACCAUGCUCAUAACCACCACUAGGACCUUCACAUUCAAAUGUUCGCCUUCGUCUUUCACAUCCUUCGCCAGGUCCCACAUGGACUCCAAACCCAAAACCCUCGUUCAAUGUGCCUUCAUGAGCUCCGCCUCUCGCUCUCCUCCUAGAGAGGCCUGCGUGAACGACCCCGGCAAUGGGUCUAUCUCAUUGCAGGAGUGGCAGGGUUGGGGCACCACGUCUCCUGUGCCCGCCAUGGUCACGAAAAUCGUUGAGGAGUUGAAGGCUUUGGAGACAGAUAUUGAUGCCCCGAUGAGCUUUGGCGGUAGUGGUGGCAAGCUUCAGGGAUAUUUCAAAGUCCAAGAGGACAAAAAGCACCGUGCAACAUAUCAGGCUUUAUGUGAUUCUGAAGAAAAGCUACAAUUUUUUUCAGCUCGACAAAUAGCAUGUCGCCUGCUUGGAAGUAGGGGUUACCUUUGUCAGAAGUGCUGGCUGCCUUUGGAAGACUGUAUGUGUUCUAGAGUCAUUCCCUGCAAUCUAUGGCAUGGAAUGCGAUUCUGGUUAUAUAUGCAUCCAAAGGAUUUUCUGCGACAGAACAACACUGGAAAGUUGUUAUGGCAAGUUUUUGGCAUUGAAGCUGCGACUUUGUGUCUCUAUGGCAUUGCUGAGCAUGAAGAAAUCAUGUGGAGCACAUUCAAGGAUGCAGGAAAAAACAAUGUAUGUUGCCUUUAUCCGAACAAAAAUGCUCUAUCAAAAUCUGUUCAGGAUGCCUUUGGUGAAGAAUCCUCAGCAGAUCAGAAAUGUAGACUAAUGAUGACAAAUGGAGAUAAAACUAUGAAUUUCAUUCUAAUUGAUGGUACAUGGAGCAAUUCCAAUGCAAUGUUCAGCCGUCUGAAGGAACAAGCAAAGUCAAUUUGGGGAGAGGAAGACUUUCCUUGUAUAGCUCUAGCUACUGGAGCUUCUGCUAUGCAUAAACUUCGGCCCCAGCCAUCUUGGGAUCGUACCUGUACAGCAGCAGCAGCCAUUGGCCUCCUCUCUGAGCUGCAACUUCUCCCAGUGUUUAGCUCAUUUGGAUUGGAUAAACUGGCUGAAGCAGUAGAGCAUGCUUUAGUCGUACUGUUGGAAGCACUCACAGCUAGGCGCCUUCGGAUGGGCAGAUGCAUCACACGUAGGGUAAGACACAACAGCAACAUCUGUUAACAGCCAGUCAAGAAUAAGAUUGGUAGUGGCCAUACUGAUCACUUAGUUGGGGUUUUGUGUUGGUGGAAGUAGUUUUGCUAUGAUGUCCAUGAUGUUGAAGGAAUUGUCAUGGACUUCCCUGAAGGGAAUCGUGCUUCUGUUGUGCAAUAUUUUCUUAGUUGAUGCUGAAAUGUUGGGUUUUUGAUAGUGAUGGUGUCAACUUUUGGCUCCAUAGUGAUGAGUCCUAUUACCGAGCAUAGACAACUCAACUGCCAAAGAUGAUAAUGCACAGCAAUUGAUGAGUGAUGUUCACCUGUAAGUUAUAUUCGAAUAUGGGAUUUUUUGUUUUAAUUAGCCUUAACUAUAACGUUUGAGGGGAAA